AUGAACUUCGAGGAUAUCGAUGAUAUCGAGGACAUUGCAGACAUGAGGACAUUGAGGACAUUGAGGACAUCCAGAAUGAACAUCCAGAAAUAUCAAGGCGAUACAUUCGAAGACGGGAGUGUGGAUGGCGCUAUUGAUUGCACCCACAUUAGUAUUAACGGCAUCCAGAUUCAACAACAGGAAGAAAUGUACCGGAAUAGAAAAGGAUAUUUUUCAAUUGAAUGUUCAGCUGUCGUGGGUCCUUGUAUGGAAUUUUUGGAUAUCGUACCAGAGUGGCCUGGCAGUGCUCAUGAUAGCAGAAUUUUCCGUACAUCCCGAUUACACAUGCGAUGUGACGGGAGAAUAGAUGGAAUCCUUGUCGGGGAUGGUGGAUAUCCAUGUCUGCCUUUUCUUAUGACACCCCUGCGGAAUCCCCAGACUGAAGAAAGAAUUCUGUACAAUGAAAUCCAGAUCAGGACCCGACAAAUAGUAGAGAGAACAUUCGGUGUUUGGAAGCCGUUUCCAUGUCUGUCAAGGGGUUUACAAACGAAGUUAGUAUGUUCCACAACAACGGUAGUUGCAUGUGCUGUGUUGCACAAUUUAGCCCUCAUUUUCAAUGACACUCUUGUUCAAGAAGAUGAAAUUGAAAUCGAAAAUGAUACAUGGACAUGGAAAAUGAUAAUGGCGUUGAUGGAUUUGCUACACGUGAAGCACUCAUUGCCCGUAUGUUUAAAUUAA